AUGGCUACAGUAAAAGAAUUAAAAUCGUUAUUAAAAUUUAAUAGUAUUAAAAAAAUCAAAGAAAGUAUUAUUGAUUUAAUAGAAUUAAAUGAAGAUGAGUUAUCAGAAAAUAUUGAAACAGAAGAAGAAUCUUAUGAUGAUUCAGAUAAUUCUGAAGAAUCAGAAGAAGUAAUUAUAGAAAAACCAAAAGUAAAAUCUAAAAAAAAAAGAAAAUUAGACGAAAAAAAAACUUCUAAAAAGAAAAGAAAAUUGAGUAAAUAUAACAUAUUUAUGAGAAAUGAAAUGAAUAGAUUAAAGAAAGAUGGUGUUGCAUCAGAUAAAUUAUUUUCAACAGCUAAAAAAAAAAUCGAUACAGCAUGUAAGAAAUAUAAGAAAAAAAUUCAAACUUUGUUGAUUAAUAAUGGAUUUGAAUGUAGAAGUUAUGAAAAUGAAGAAGAAUUAUUCUAUUCAGAUCGUGAUAAAUAUCUUGUUGCUGAUUAUGAGGAUUUCAAGAUUUUUAUUUGUUGCAAGUUUAGAGAUUAUAAUGAUAUAGGUUUUAAUGAUGUUGAAAGAACAAGUGGGUUUAUACAAAGUUAUCAUAGUGAAGAUACUGGUGUAAUCGUAACUAACCAAAAUUAUUCAAAAAAUGCAUAUGAUCAAGCUAGUAAGAUGAAAAUUUUAGUAUGUCAAACACAGAAUUUAUUAGAAAAAAUUAAAAAAGAAAUAGAACGUAAAAAACUUAAAUUAUCAGAAGGUCAAAAAGAACCUAAAGAAAUUGUUAUUGAACUUAUAAGCGAAGAAAUCAUAGAUGAUAAUGUAAAUGAAUAA